AUGUCUUAUGCAACUUCCAACGAAACCUUCGGAAUUAAUUCUCUUCCUUCAGAAGUAUUACGGAAAAUAUUUCAAAGUUUUCACAAAGACCCUAAAACAUUAAAAAAGUUCUUGAAGGUAAAUCGUCAAUGGUGUCGAGAAGCUGCGCCAUUGUUAUGGAGCGAUCCAUUUCAAUUCAUACGAAAAACCAAAAAUGAGUAUAAAUUUAUCGAAACGUGUAUUUCAUGCCUCGAUCCUGAUGCACAACAAAACUUGAGGGAUUUUGGCAUUGAGAUGAUGCCUGAGUAUCCUUAUCAUAGUGCUUUUUUUGAUUACCUGAAUCUUAUAGAGGUGUUCGAUUAUCAAUGUUUCGCUGAGACAAUUUUUGAUUAUGUGAGUCGUAAUUCGGACAAAAAUUCAGAUGAUAUCAACCAACAUACAAGCGAGGACACAGAUGAUGAAACAUGCGUUAGUCGAAAUACAGACAAUACUUCAGAUGCUGAAGAAUAUCUCGAAGAUGAAACUUCGGACGAGGAAGUUCAUAAAGAUUCAACAAAAAUCAAUUUGGAAAAUGAACAAUCCAACAAUGUUGAACUUAGAUUUGAAUACGAAAUCAGAAAUCAAAUUGCUAUUCAUAUCUUUUCUCAUCUUGGUCAAUAUAAAAAUUUAAAAGAAAUUAGAUUUAAUCUGGAAGAACCUUAUGAUGAUGAAAUUCUUCCCGAUUUUUCUAUAAUUCCUAAAGCAUCAAAAACAUUGUCAAGUUUAUCUACGGUCUCGAUAAAAAUUCACUUUGGACAUUUGUUUCCGGAAAACAGAGUACGGAUUGCGUGUCUGAUUUCAAUGGUCGCCAACCAUUGCCAGAAACUUCACACUUUAGAAAUUGAUUUUCGAUUUUUCGAUCAUCAGAUGACUGACGAUGUAUACGAAAUUCUCUCGAGACAAACGCAACUCAAAAAAAUACGUCUGUAUCAUAUACCGGAAGAAAUAGUUUUUGAUUUCGCUUGCCUGAAUUCCGAAGUAGUUCAACUUGAUGAAAUUACAAUUGGCGGCACAGCGGGUGAAAAUUUUUGCUUUGAUGGAUUGACAAAUUAUAAAGUUCGACAUUUGCAACUCGAAGAAUUCGUAGGAAUUGGUUCCAUUGACUACAUCCAUAUAUUGGGUUUACAGCUCAAAAGCUUCUCCAUUUCCAAAUACCUUGAAACGCAUCUCAACUGUUCAACGCUUCUAGAAAAAAUAGGACCCGGAUUGAGCGAAUUAAUGCUAAAUACAAAACUCGAUAAACAAGUUCUCUUAACAAUAGGCUAUCAUUGCAGAAACCUCACUUCACUACAAAUUUUGAUAGUGGAAGGUUCAACGCCAGAAAUGAUUCAACUUUUCUCGAAACUUUUAAAUUUAAGAUAUUUAGACGUUGCUUUCUACAGCUCGCAAUCAAACAAUUGGGAUCAAGAAUUUACAAUCGUUUACGAGGAUGAAAUUUUUUGUUGUCCAGUUGAAUCUGAUCCCGAUCAAGUAUUAAUCGAAUUAGCACCUUUUCUGCCGACGACUCUAAAAGAUCUUACGUUAAAAUUUAGAAUAAACGCAAGAUCAUUAGAAGUUUUCUUGACCGAUAUUCCAGCGUCGCUUCAUCGUCUUCACAUUGCUCAGCGUGCCGGAGUCACCGACGAACAUAUUAAAACUAUCAUACAAUAUGCUAAAAAUGUGAGAACAUUACGAGAACUAGAAUUCAAUCAAGUUUUUAAAUUAGACCCUGAAAAUUUGGCAGAGGCGAAAACACUUUUCGAUAUUUCUAUUAAUUUACCGAAAGAUAAAGAUUUUGAUUUCUUUUAG